UCUCUAACCACUUGCUCUCUCUCUCUCUCUCUAACUCUCUGUCCGUGGAAGAGCUGGGUUUCGUCAAGGUGCGCACUUUGUUCACUUGUUCUUCGUCUGGAGAUUUGACAUCUUCGGAGUCCAAUGUUUUCGUUGUUCCUUCCCCGCUGAAGCCGUUUGCUCUCUCGUGAAUCUGAUAGUUGCUCGCAGCUUUUUUAUGCUUGGGCUUUGAGUGACCGAAAGCUUUAUCUGGGUAUUCCAGUUUGUUUGUGCUUCGUUUGAAUAUUGCGGUUUAUCUGUCCUGUUGCCUUGUGAUUUGCUGGAUAUAUGCAUAGGAGUGUUGAGUAUGUCAAAACCCUGAAACUCCGGUGGUCGGAUCGGUUGACUUUUUGCACCAUCUUCUUUGUGCAUUGGCACUGUGGGGUUGCGAGGAUUUAUUCGGGGGGGAUUAGGAGGGGGUCGCGCGUGGGGCAUCUGUUGUUUCUGGAAAUUCUGACCUGGUGGGGAGUUGGAUUGGUCUUUCUGGUCCAAGCUCUGUUUGGUGAGAUAUUGGGGAGUGGAUGAAUAUGGAUCCUCGCUUUAAGGGGUGUUCGGCUUCUGUAGCCGGGCUUUCAUUGGAUAAUCAAUCGUUGCCGUGGUUUGCGGAUCCAAGUUUAGUUCCCGGACCCAGAUUCGAGACCAAUGGCUUCAGAGGAGGAAUUCAAUACGUUCCACACCCAGUGGCGACACAGAUUAGUGGAGCCCCAAGUGCCCCGAAUUCGUGCAUCACCCAAGAGGAGGAUUCGCCAGAAGAUUGCGAUUUCUCUGAUGCGGUUUUGAGGUACAUAAGUGAGAUGCUUAUGGAAGAAGAUAUGGAGGAGAAGAGUUGUAUGCUUCAAGAGUCCUUGGACCUUCAAGCUGCUGAGAAAUCUCUUUACGAUGCUAUUGGUAAGAAGUAUCCCCCUUCGCCUGAACCAAUCCCAAAUUAUACCUGUCUAAGUGGUGAGGGUCCUGAGGAUGACCUCUCUGUAAAUAGCUACGGCUGUUUGCUGAAUAAUCCUCUGGUAUCAUAUUCUUGUGAGAAGACUUCCUUCCCUCAAGUGCAAAGUCUUUCAUUUCAUGGCGUUUUGCAGUCAUCUUACACCUCUUCUAAUAGUGUCGUCAGUGGUAUGGAUGGAUUUGUAGACUCCCCAGCUAGUAUUGCUCAGGUUCCUGAUUUGGGUGGGGAGAGUCAAUCUAUUUGGCAGUUUAAGAAGGGAGUUGAAGAAGCUAGUAAGUUUCUUCCUGGUGGUAACAGGUUUUUCGAUAAUGCGGAGUCAAAAGGGUCCUUAACUGAGUCAAGGGUGAGAUCUUGUGAGGUCGCAGUCAAGCUAGAGAGGAAGGAUGAUUGCAAGUGUUCUCCUAAUGGCUCACGGGGGAGGAAGAAUCCUCACAGAGGGGAUGCAGAUUUUGAAGAAGAGAGGAGUAGCAAGCAAGCUGCUGUUUUCUCUGAAUCACCUCUCCGAUCAGUUAUGUUUGAUAAUGUGUUGCUUUGUCCUAAAGUAGAUCACAUUUGUCCUAAAGUAGAUCACAUAACCGUACUACAAGACACCGUGCAGGAUGGGACUACUGCAACUAUGUUGCGCAAUGGGCAACCUAAGGGAUUAAAUGAUGAUAAAGGACGUGGGAGAAAACGAAUUGGGAAGAAGGAAGUCGUGGAUUUAAGAACUCUCUUGAUUAAUUGUGCACAAGCAGUUGCAGCUGAUGACCGUGUAAGCACAAGUGAGUUUUUGAAGCAGAUUAGACAGCAUUCUUCUCCUUUUGGGGAUGGAAAUCAGAGGCUGGCUCACUGCCUUGCAGAUGGCCUUGAAGCUCGCCAGGCGGGCACAGGUAGCCAGAUCUAUAAAGGCCUUGUUAGCAAGAGAACUUCAGCUGCCGAUAUUCUGAAAGCUUACCAUCUUUUCCUAGCUGCUUGCCCAUUUAGGAAGCUUUCUAACUUCACCGCGAACAGGACAAUUAUGAGUCUAGCAUCAGAUUCCAUGAGGGUCCACAUCAUUGAUUUCGGUAUUCUUUAUGGUUUCCAGUGGCCAACUCUUAUUCAGCGGCUCUCAGCAAGACAUGGUGGACCCCCAAAAAUUCGGAUUACUGGUAUAGAUUUCCCCCAACCUGGCUUUCGGCCAGCAGAGCGAGUUGAGGAAACAGGUCGCAGACUAGCUGCUUAUGCGGAACAUUUCAAAGUCCCAUUCGAGUAUAAUGCAAUAGCAAAGAAAUGGGAAAAUAUUCAGAUUGACGAACUCAAAAUUGACAAGGAUGAGUUACUUGUUGUUAACUGUAUAUAUCGCGCUAAAAACUUACUCGAUGAAUCGGUAGCAGCCGAUAGUUCGAGAAAUAUGGUUAUUAAUUUGAUAAGAAGGAUCAAUCCUGAUAUUUUUAUCCACGGGAUUCUCAACGGGUCUUACAAUGCACCCUUCUUUGUUACGCGAUUUCGGGAGGCAUUGUUCCAUUUCUCCGCACUUUUUGAUAUGCUCGAAACUCUAGUUCCCCGUGAAAAUCGGGAGAGAAUGCUGAUCGAGAAAGAGAUAUUCGGAAGGGAGGCUUUAAAUGUUAUAGCUUGUGAGGGUUGGGAACGAGUUGAAAGGCCAGAGACAUACAAGCAGUGGCAACUACGUAACCUGAGAGCUGGGUUUGUGCAGCUUCCUUUUGAUCGGGACAUCGUGAAGCGGGCAACAGAAAAAGUUCGGUCAAGCUAUCACAAAGACUUUAUGAUCGACGAAGAUGGCCGGUGGCUAUUGCACGGAUGGAAGGGCCGAAUCAUCUACGCCCUCUCUGCUUGGAAACCUGUCUAGUGAAUUUACGAUCAGAGGUCUGACAAUGGGGCUUGACAAUAUUGGGCGUAUAUCAGUAGAUGGAAUACCUAGGUGUAUGCUAUUAUGGACGAAUUUUCAGUUGCGUAACAGAAGGUGAUGUAGAUUUAUAGAGGUCCAAGUCCUGUGGAAGAAAGACAGGGUAAAGCACAAUUUGUGCCAUGUCUUCUUCCACAGAAUGCCAAAAGGCUCAAAACAGUUUGUCCUGUAUAAAGUGUAAAGGAGACAAGUGCACAUAAUUUCCUGAAUGUGACAUGCUCAUUUGCAAGUGAGUUCGUUCAGUUGAUUCUAACCCUUCCCUGAAACACUAGGAUUAUAAUUGGCCUUUGGUGUCAUGGACAGCUUGGUAAAUACAUGGCCAUCUUUCCCUCUUCUUUCA